AGCGUGAUGACAGCAGCAGAUGAUUGACAAGGGACACGCCUCCUUUCACUGCUUUUCCCUUCUUGCAGUGUUCAUUCUGUUCAGACAGGCUUUCAAAGUGCUUUUCUUUAUCUUUGCACAAAUCACAGCAUGCAACUAUGGCCAAGAAUUUUGACGCUUGUUUGGGAAUUAAUGCUUUUUGGACAGCUUGAUCGCUUAAACAUGUUAUGGGCAGACGGUGCUCACAUCCACCUUGAGAAGGCCAACCUUCACAGCAGCAGCUGGUCAUGGCUGGUGUCGCUGAUGUCGGACGUCAGGGGUAUCACCAGAAACCUUGCCUCUCCACAUGUGGCGAGCGAUGUGACAUGGUCUCACCAACAUUUCUGUGGUGGGUCGGUUCUCAACCAGUACUGGAUUCUGACUGCCUCUCACUGCUUUGACAGACAGGCAGGAGGCAAUGAACCAGCAACCUGGAGGGCCCGCUUCUCUGACGACGGUUUCCAGGCCCACAAGUUGAGAACCGGGUGGAAGAGCCUGAGCGGACAGCUCGCCUCAAAAGCACACGCCUUGGGAGUCAGCCAAAUCGUGCGUCACCCCAGAUACAACCGCACGAAUGUUGUCGCUGACAUCGCACUGGUACGCCUCAGUAGUGCCAUCUCCACCCUGUCGUCGACUCACAAAAUUGCCACGGCGCCACUUCCGUUGCACGAGAACAUCACCUUUAAGAAUGGAACGGAUUGCGUUACAACUGGUUGGAAAUGUCCACGUUCCGCCAGAGAACACUCGUCAUGUGUGGCUUAUGUUGUUCCCAUGCCGAUAAACCACCCAGACAUGUGCAAGGUCUACGCCAUGGAUGACUGGUCCGACAAGCUGUGCGCGGGCAAGAAAAACGCUCGCCAGGGCGUCUGUGGGGGUGACAGCGGCGACGCCUUGAUGUGCGAGAUCCAUGGAGGCGAGAUGGUGAUGGCAGGCUUCCUGUCCUUCGUACACAAAGAUGACCCUUUCGCUUUUCCCAGCGGUUACACUGCCGUUCAGCCGUACCUGAAGUGGAUUUUGACAACAAUGUCACAAUCUGAUUAAUAUAAUAUAAGGACGCAAUCGUGAGGUGAGAGGACAAGAAGACUGGUCUGCAGAUUGCGACUACACGGUGACAUACCAAUUCACCGCGCAGGGGAAUGUGGCAUAUUGUACCAAAUCACCUCACAGGGGAAUAUGGCUUCUUAUACCAGACCAGAAAGCUUGUAAAUUAGAUUCUAAUUUAAAUAGGAGAUAAGAUACUGAUGAAGGCCCUUCAUGACAUCUUUUUUAAAACUGUUGUGCUAAUUAAUAAAUAACAUAUUUUCUGUUAAUAAGUGGGAACAGAUGAUAUAUUUUAGUUUUACAAUUAUGUGAUUGAUUUUCUGUGUUCUGCUCGUGCUUCUGAUCUUGGGAUGCAAAUCCAGCGUUGGCGAUGGGACAACGACCGCAUCUCAUCAAGUUGGGGCCAUAGUUAUUAAAACUGACUGAAGCCGUUGCCUCGAUCGGGGAAACAUGGAAAAAUCAAGAAUAAGCGUCUCGUCACCGUCGUUAUAAAGCGAUGUCCAGAUCCCGCGGAUGUUGCUGUACUCCCGAGGCCGCCAAGCAAAGAUGCCCUGGGGUUAACAUAAAGCAAUAUCCUCAGGGUCUCGAAUUCACUUUAUAACUACGAACACAGGACACUUGGCAUAUUGCCUAUGAUGCCCCGCUACACCAACUUUCUCUUCCUAUGGCCCCUGUAGUAUCAACGGGUCUUCAACUACUCUGACAGACAAUUCGGAUGGAUCAAACACGUACACGAGACAAAGUGAAGACCCAUAAUAUUUCAACAAGUGAUGAUUAAAUGGAAAUCUAAAAUAUUUUCUCAAAAUAAAAGCCAUUUCAAAA